GGAAAAAAAAAGGACUAAAGGGAACAGUUCAAUUACGCUCUCAAAUUAUUAACUAUAUUUGUGGAUUAGCCGGCCUGAACCGGAAGACACCUCUAUAAAAACCAAGUAUAUUUACCAGUGCUGUAACAAGGAAGUUCCUCUUGUACGUAUAAACUCCAAUAAUGGCAAAUAAGCUCAGGUUGGAGGGCAAAGUGGCUGUAAUUACGGGUGCAGCAAGUGGCAUUGGUGAAGCAAGUGCAAGAUUGUUCGUAGAACAUGGAGCUCGCGUGGUCAUUGCCGACAUUCAAGACGAACUCGGUCUCCAAGUGGUGGCCUCCAUUGGAACGGACAAAGCCAGCUACCGCCACUGCGACGUCACGGACGAGAAACAAGUUGAGGAAACCGUCGCCUACGCGGUCCAAAAAUACAAUACCCUCGAUAUCAUGUUCAGCAAUGUCGGGACGCUGCAUUUCUCCAGUGUCCUCGACAUGGACAUGACGGCCUUCGACGAGACGAUGGCCGUCAACGUGCGAGGAUCGGCAUUAGCCGUCAAGCAUGCAGCUAGAGUCAUGGUUGCUAAAAGGAUCCGUGGAUCCAUCAUAUGCACGGCAAGCUUAGAGGGUAUACUAGCUGGGGCUGCUUCCUUGGCCUACGUGGCGUCCAAGCACGCGGUCGUAGGCCUUGUGAAAGCGGCCGCACGUGAGCUAGGCCCCCAUGGGAUCAGGGUGAAUGGGGUGUCACCUUAUGGCAUUGCGACGCCCCUCGUAUGCAAAGCCUAUGGCUGGGAUGCCGAUUCACUGGAAGCUGCAAUAUGUGGAAAUGCUAACUUGAAAGGUGUUACGUUGAGCACAAAGCAUAUUGCACAAGCAGCACUUUUCUUGGCGUCAGAUGAAUCCGCUUACAUUAGUGGACAUAAUUUGGCUAUCGAUGGUGGCCUUAGUUCUAUUUUGAAGCUAGAAUAAAUCCUACCUCUCUUGUUAGUGUGCUAUGUCAUCUAAUUAAUAAAUCCUAGAAACUUGCAGCAUUGCUAUUUGUUUAGUUUGGUUAAUUUUAGCUGUCGAACCGAGGGUCCGGGAAACAACCUCUCUAUUUCUAUGAGGUACGAGUAACACUCUACCAUCUCUAGAUCCACAUCACUGGAUGUGUUGUUGUCGGCUGAAUUUUGACCAACAUGUGGGAGUUCACACCAUUGUCGGUUCAAUUUUAGCCGCAGAUGUAUCCUGAAAAAUAUUUAAUGUAGAACUUGUUUGGUUUCA